AUGGCUGGUCAGGCGAGUACCUACCCCCUUCAGAGCGGAGCGCCCGGUCUCGCCGCUGGAGCCCGUUUGCUUCGUCGCUUUCUACAGGAGAUACUUGAAGACCUCCUGGAGACAGCAUCCGUCGCAAAAAAGAAAGAAUCGGGGACUCUCAAGUACCUGGUGGCCGUGCCCCAUGGGAUGGAUGCCGCUGAUCCCGGAAGCCUAUACGUGGUCGAAGAAUACCAGAACAGCGACGCAUUCGCUCUUCAUUGCCAACAGGAGACGGUCCAGAGGGUGGCGAAGAGCCUCCAGACGGCUGAGCUUGGUGAUGGUGCUAUGACAUUAGUUCUCGGGGCUGACUGUGAACUUGGCUUUUCUCGCCCUGAGGUAUCGGCCUUGUCAGACCCUUUCGUCAGCAUUUUGCAGCUGUUUUUCAAGUCCGGGGCCGGCCCUGAGGGCCUUGAAGCCCUUCGGAAGGUUGUUGAAGCCGGCAAGAGUGACUCGGGAACGCUCGGGUUCAGCGUGUACCCGGAUCCAAAGGACAAUGAUACCGUCAGAUUCCUGGGCGUCUACGAGAGUCAGGACCACUACUUCAAGGUUCAUAUCGAAAGUCCCGAGGUCAAGAGAUUUCAAGCCGCCACGAAGGACAUCACUGUUGAAACCAAGGCUCACUUUCUGAAGCCAGUCGGUGGCUUCCUGUACAAGAAGCAAAGCUAG